AGCAGCUUGCCAAAAGCAGUGUGUGUCCAUCCUGCCCAUCUCUUUGCAAACAGGAGGGGAUCAAGCAUAGCUGCCUGGGAAUGGAAAUACCUGACAAAACCACAUCUCUUUUGCCUUUUGGAUCUUCGCGUCUGGUUGCUUUCCUACAGCCCUUGACCCCCAUGAUGGUCACUAAUCUAAAAAUCAUCUUUCUGUUUCUUUGGUUGCUUCAGUGUGGAGGGGGAAGUGUCGACGUACAGCAGAAACCUCCUAUCCAGAUCGCGCUGCUCAAGGAAGGAAUAUCCAUCCCAUGUCAAGUAAUCUUCCCUUACAUGCCAAAAUACACCACAUUUUCAAUCUUCUAUUACUGGGUUAAUUCACGAGGCCAGAAUACAUCCAUCUAUAGCAGGUCAGAAAAUGUAGCCGUCCCUUCUGGAAAAGAGAAUCGCACUGCCACCAUAUCUUACGACUACAGAGUCACACCACUUCAUGACACCUCUUCUACUGGCACAUACUACUGCACGGUCAAAUGGAACAGCAUCCAGAAAAUGGGAAAGGGAGUGUUUGUCCUUGCUAGAGGUACAGGGUAUGUAGAGACCUCUUCUGGGUGGGGAACCCUGAUUACCUUUACUGUUCUUCUUGCUGCAUUGAGCAUGACCGCAACAGCUCUGCUUCUGUGGAAAAGAAAGCAGGUGCUGUGCCCUACAAGGAACCAGCUAAAUAUCCUGAGACAGAAGGUGGAAGUGCAGCCCCCUUCAGCCAACCCACCACCAUCACCACCUCCUGUCUAUGAUAGUCUGGAUGCGCAGCAAGUUGAUGUCUAUUCUAUCCUCGAUAACAACACAAACAUCCCGUCAGUGGGAAGGAGUCCUCCAGGGAAGACACCUAAGAAGCAAGCAACUCUAGAAGAAUCCUCUGAUACACUGUACGAGAACAUCUAACAGGGAAAAUCUGACCCUAUGUGACCAAACAUCUUCCUGUAUGGCUCUCUUACAUCCCCAGUUCUCUGCAGAGACCCACAGUGACUUCAGGCCACAGCCACGAGGGGCUUGUGAACCCCUGCCUCCAUCUGAAAUGCCCUUCAUUAACAAGAGAAAGCAUCUGUCCAAAUCCCACCCGGGCUCAGUCUGCAUCGAUGCAGCAAAGCUAUUUUGCAGCAAAG